AGCAAAAAUAUAAUUUACUUUUCAAAAUUCUAAUUUUUCCUUAUGUUCCUUUUCAGGGAUCUUGGGAUCUAGCCUAGUGUUCCUAAAAUUAUGGGUACAAUUUCUACUGGCAUAUCCCAUAUCCUUCUUAUUUCUAUUUUCUGGUCUUGAUUCUUAUCAAUUUUUUUCUUUCUUUCUUUUGCAUCUACUUUGGCAUCCCAUGGUAUUGCAAAAUCAGUAACUGAUUCAGUGGAACUCCCGUAUUCGCGUUCUCUGGAUUUGUGGACUCACAUUCUCGGAUUUCUCUCUGGAACAUUUCCUCACAUUAUUCGUGGGAAAUUUGCCUAUUCGUGAUAUUUUUCUUUGAGAAACAUCCACAAAUUCCUGUUGUUGUUUUUUUUAGCAAAUUCAUCAUAAAAUGCUCUUUGUGUGAUAAAACUAUUAAAAUACCAGGUAUUUAAAUUUUUAGUGGGUUUUUCUUGAGUUUUAACUAACAAAAUAGGCCGUUUUCAGUGUUUUUAUAUGGGGUUCCAACUAUUUGCGGGUUCUAACUAUUCUUGAGGGGAUCUGAGGAAAACAUUGAUAUGCCUGUGUACUAGUAAUGUGACCCCAAUAGGCUUCAUAAUGAUCACUUUCUCUAUCUUUCAGAUAAUUCACAAAGCACCAAUGCAGGCUUGGUGAGUGAGAGGUCCUUGGAAAUUAAAGUUACGGUACAUGAUUCUCCAAAAGUAACUCCAUUUCUUGGUCUUGUUGGGAACUUGUGAGGACCAUUGUUCAUUUUAUUUCGCUAUUAUUCCAAACGGAGGAAGUUUCCUUCAGCGCCUAACUAGGAUUGAGUAUUGUACUUAGAACAUCCUGUGGAAAUGGAAGCUGAAGAAUCGUCAUCAUUGCUGCUACUCAAAGAAGAGAAGGAGGAUCUGGAGGAGGGUCCAAGUGAAAACACAGGGGAAGGCUCUUCGUUUGCAGACCCCUUCUUAGAAGUCAAGGCAGAACCGGAAUUUUUUGGCUAUGAUGAUUUUGAUGUGAACUGUUGUUCUCAAUCUACUAUUAAGUGUGAAAAGGACAGCUCUCCAAGCUGUGAUGAUGAGAGUGGAAAAAAAGAUAUCUGUAUUGCAGAACAAAAUAGACAUUUGGGAAGAACAAAUACAGAAAGGAAGCGAUUAACUUGUACUGAAUGCCAAACGACAUUUUCAAGCAUUGACAACUUGAAAUCCCACAUGAGAACUCAUAAGGAAGAGAAACCAUAUCCCUGCUCUAUAUGUCAAAGAAGGUUUUCUCUACCAAAUCAUCUCAAAAAACACAUGAGAACUCAUACGGGAGAGAAACCAUAUAGUUGCUCUACAUGUCAAAGAAGUUUUUCUAGUUCAAGUUCUCGCAAACGUCACAUGAGAACUCAUACAGGAGAGAAACCAUAUACUUGCUCUAUAUGUCAAAGAAGUUUUCCUCGUAAAAGUGUUCUCACAGAACACUUGAAAACUCAUACGGGAGAGAAGCCAUUUACUUGCUCUAUAUGUCAAAGAAGUUUUGCUCGUCAAAGUAGUCUCACAGAGCACACGAGAACUCAUACAGGAGAGAAACCAUUUACUUGCUCUAUAUGCCAAAGAAGUUUUUCUGGUUCAAAUAAUCUGAAAUCACACAUGAGAAUUCAUACAGGAGAUAGAAGAUAUAAUUGCUCUAUAUGUCAAAGAAGUUUUUAUGAAUCAUAUGAUGUCAAAAUACACAUGAGAACUCAUACAGGAGAGAAACCAUUUACUUGCUCUAUAUGUCAAAAAAGUUUUCCUCGUAAAAGUGUUCUCACAGACCACACGAGAACUCAUACGGGAGAGAAGCCAUUUUCUUGCUCUAUAUGUCAAAAACGUUUUUCUGGUUCAUAUACUCUCAAAACACACAUGAGAACUCAUACGGGAGAGAAACCAUAUACUUGCUCUGUAUGUCAAAAAAGUUUUUCUUCUUCAAGUAAUCUCACAAAACACAUGAAAACUCAUGCAUGAGAGAAAGCAUUCACUUGGCAAAUCAUCUCAAAAGACAAGAGAAUUCACACUAGACAGAAACUGUAUAUUACUUGAUCUCUGUCCAAGUAAUUUUUACUAAAUGCUGUAAUUUGAAUAUUGUUAAGAGAGAACUUUGAUUCACUUUACUAUUUUAAUGUCUUGCUGAUAUUCUGACGAUUUCAAAUGUUUUUAGGCAACUUAUUGUUCAGUUUUUAUAGAUCACAAAAGACCAACUCAUUUGUCAGUGCUAUCAAUAAAUGUGUUGAAGGAACACUGAGAAAGAAGUAGAUUUCUAGUUUACUGUUUCUAAGCGCAAAGACAAUUUUUUUUUAUUGACGUCUACAAAUUUAUUUUUGCUGACAGAAUCCUGGUUUUGCUCUCAUUGUGAAGCUGAAUAAUUGUACUUUAUUUCCUUACUUUUAUACAAAGUAUUUUUGUAAAAGGAAUGUAAUUUAACUUCCAUUUGUUCAGUGAGAUAGUACGAUAGAUUUUCUUUCCAGUGACUUACAUAUUUAUGCAAUUUGUCUAGUUUUUUGUUCAUAAACAGCUUGAAAA